AUGGUCAGCGCGACAUUUGACAAUUCGUCCGACCUGGGCUGGGUGGUGCAGAAGUUUGGUGGUACGAGUGUAGGAAAAUUCCCAGACAAGAUUGCUCGUGAUAUUGUCAGAGCAAAUCUUUCACGGCAUCGAGUUGCUGUUGUGUGCUCUGCUCGCAGCACGGGCAAGAAGGCCGAGGGCACUACCAGCCGGCUCUUGGCUGUUUUCAAAAAGCUGAAGGACAUUGCUACGCCGAUCAGCUCCGAGGAGAAGCAGCAGGAGUUGAUUGAGCAAGCUACGGAGCUCAUCCGAGAUGUCUGCAAUGAUCAUGUCAAUGCUUCUAAAACCUUUGUCAAGGACCCGCAGUUAAGAGACGGGCUCAUUGCGAAGCUCAAGUCAGAAUGCCAGGAGUUGAUUGAAUAUAUCAUUGCCACUAGGAGGUUCAACCUUGAAAUCAACUCAAGAUCAAAAGACCGCGUCGUUAGCUUCGGCGAGAAGCUCAGCUGCCUGUUUAUGGCGACCUUGCUACAAGAUUCGGGAGUCGAAGCUGAAUAUGUUGACUUAUCGGAUGUCUUGCAUAAUGACACCCCUAGCCCCUCCCUGGACGCAGCAUUCUACACCGUCACCAUCAAUGCGUUCAUGAAGAAGCUUGCCGCAUGUGAGAACAGAGUUCCAGUUAUUACGGGAUUUUUUGGAAAUGUUCCUGGUAGCUUGCUGGACGGAGACAUUGGGCGCGGUUACACUGAUCUUUGUGCUGCCUUGUGCGCUGUGGGGUUGAGAGCCGACGAACUGCAGAUCUGGAAAGAGGUCGACGGCAUCUUCACAGCAGAUCCGUCAAAGGUGCCCACGGCGCGGCUGCUGACAUCCAUCACACCCUCAGAGGCCGCCGAAUUGACGUUUUAUGGCUCCGAGGUCAUCCACCACCUUACUAUGGACCAAGUUAUCCGGGCGCACCCACCUAUCCCUAUCCGCAUUAAGAAUGUCAAAAACCCUCGUGGAAACGGCACAGUGGUGAUUCCGGACCCGGUCUUGUCCGCGGGACAACAGCUCCACCGAUCACGGCCUUCGCAAACGCCUCUAUUCAAGAACCCCAAGCGGCCCACGGCUGUCACUAUCAAGGACCAGAUCAGUAUUAUCAACGUUCACUCGAAUAAGAGGUCUAUUUCACAUGGCUUCUUUGCGCGAGUUUUCUCAAUCCUUGACAAGCAGUCAAUCUCUGUUGAUCUGAUCUCCACAAGUGAGGUACAUGUCUCCUUGGCCAUCCAUGCGGACGGCAUUCGAGCGGACGCAUUUGAGACUGCCACACGGGACUUGGAAGAGUGUGGAGAUGUCAGCGUGUUGACGGGUAUGGCGAUUCUGAGCUUGGUGGGUGCCGACAUGAAGAACAUGGUUGGUAUCGCUGGGCGCAUGUUUUCGACCCUCGGAGAGCACAAUGUCAAUUUGGAGAUGAUUUCUCAAGGUGCGAGCGAGAUUAACAUAUCGUGUGUCAUUGACGCUUGCGACGCCACGAGAGCCAUGAAUGUUCUCCACACUCAUUUAUUCACAUUCCUGGAGUAG